CGGCGUGGACCUGGCAGCCGCGAGUGGGGGGUGAGCUGGCCGGAGGCGGAGCGGAGGUUGGGCAGGGCGCGCGUUGGAAACCUGAGCGAGAUGCGCCUUGCGACGCCCGGCCACCCUUCCUUGCCCCGGGGGGGAGGGUUGCAGAUGGUUCAUCUUUCAUUGGUUGCGCGCUUUUCUCCUCCCCCCCCCCUUUCAAACAAGAAAAGAAAGACCUGUUUGGAAAGUGGACCAGAUUGUUUAGGCUCCUGGACAACAGCUUGUCUCUGCCGUCAUGGGAUCUGGCUUGAUCUGUGCAUCUGUGAUCCUUCUGUGCUUCUGGUUGCGCGAAGGGAAUUCACAGAACCUCAUCCGGGGCCAAAAGAGGAAGCCGACCCUCCUGAUUAAUGAGGUCAAUGCAGAUAAUCCAGGAGAUGAUACCAUGGAGUAUUUAGAACUCUAUCAUGUCAGCGGACGAAGCGUUGCUUUGAAGGGGUAUCAUUUAGUCCUCUACAACGGGAAGGGAAACAUGGCCUACGAAGUCUUGGAUCUUGAUGGCUUUUCCACAGAUGACCAAGGUUUUCUCCUGAUUGGGUCUGGCAACCUCGUCCCAAGGCCAGCUAUAAUCCUCUCGAAGGCCACAAUCCAGAAUGGACCGGAUGCCAUUGCUGUCUAUUUUGGGAGGUCGGACUUGUACGUAGGCAUGCCUGUAGACAACGAAGGCCUGGAGGACGCUUUGGUUCAUAAAUCUAAUAAAAGGGACAAAGCAGAUGAGUUAAUUCGAGUUCUGACCCCUGGCACAGAAGCUUUCUUGGAGGACCCUUUCUUCCGGACCACCGAUGACGAAUCUCUAGAGAGGUGCCAAGGGAUGGAUUCUCAGAGGUUCUUCCAAGUGGGUGCACCAACCCCAGGCUCCGAUAAUCACUGCAUCCCUUUCUCGCAGUUGAAUGCCUCUGUGGUGCUCAUCAAUGAGGUUAAGUUGACAUCCUCACCCAGAGAUGCUGAGUUUGUGGAGCUCCAAGGUCCCCCUUCCGUAGAGGUGAAGGACCUGGUGAUGGUGCUGAUAGAAGGAAGAACCCAGAAGAUCUACUCUGUCAUGGAAGUCAAGGGUGAAACUUCUCCCGAUGGGUUACUUCUGUUGGGUUCAGGACUGUCCAAAAUCCCAGGGGGCGCAGCUCACUUUCAGAAUUUCACUUUCCUCCAGAAUUCCAGCACCCCGCUUCUCAAAGCAGGCACCAACGCCAUUACCCUGUACAGAGGGUCCAUCAGCCACUUUGGGGUGGGCUCCAGCGUCACGGCGACACCAGACCUUCUGGAUGCCUUGGUGUACACAACAGUGGAACAGCCGGAUUUGGAGCUGCUGGACUCCUUGACCCCUGGGAAGCCUCUCUUCUACCUGAGCAGACAUUCCCAGGCGGAUGGUGCAUCUGUCAGCCGGUGCUUCUGCUGCUCCAUCUCCCGCGAUGCCUCCUCUUAUGCCCUCGCCAAGCCCACGCCUUUGCAGUUCAACGACUGCCCGAAGAUGCGCUUUAGCCAGAAGGUUUCCUUUUUUUUUCAAGUGGAAGGUUGCCAUCAAAAACCUCAGGACGAAGGCACGAUACCGAGAGCUUUGGCCCAGUCUCUGGAGAAACGAUGCAACUGCAGUUUUUCCCCAGCCUAUUUCAAAGAUCCUGUAUUAACCUGUGAAGGCAGAGAGCUGGUUUUCACUGCCCUCUUGAGUGCCCGGUCAACAGAACAGCUGGACCGUGAGUUGCAGGCCCUCUCAAUCUUGGAGCAGAGUAAAGAAUGGUUGCAUUUUGGAAACCAGAACCACAGCAUAGUCGUGAAGACUUUUUCUAGCAGUGCAGAUGGGACAGACACACCUCCAGAUGCCACUUCAGAAGAACCACGGACAACUGGAGAACCUCCAACUUCACCCCUGUGGUUGCUUAUCAACGAAGUGAAUGCGGACAAUCCUGGCUCUCGAGAAGACACGGAAUACAUUGAACUCUUCUACCCAGGACAAGCGCCGUUUUCACUCGAGAAUUACUGGCUCGUCCUGUACAACGGCAGGAACAACUUGGCUUACAAAGUCUUGAACCUGACAGGCUACUCAACCAAUGAGCGGGGCUACUUCCUUGUAGGGAGUGGUGGAGUCACCCCCAAGCCCUCGCUUCUUUUGCCAGAGUCCACCAUCCAAAACGGUGUAGACGCCGUGGCGCUCUACCGCAACGCCAAUCCUGUCUAUACAAACAACAUGCAGGUGACCGUUGAUGGGCUGGUUGAUGCUGUGGUGUACAGAGCGCGAGGGGCAGAAAAAGCUGACAAACUUGUGGCUCUACUCACUCCUGGGCAGAACAUCCUCCAUGAAAAUGAUUCUCAUAGCACUGAAGAUGAAUCCAUCAGCCGAUGCCUCAGCCUGAAGCCCAGAGAUCCUAAGAGUUUCCAGGUGACUGAAAUAACGCCACUUCGGGAAAACUCUUGUAUGUCCUUCAACUUGAAUCUCACCAAAGAGGUGAUCCAUAAUUCUUCGGCCAUCAUCAAUGAAGUGGGCCUGGCCAACGACUCAUUUCUAUACAAGUUCAUUGAAUUGAAAGGGAAGCCCGGAGACAGCUUGAAAAAAUACACAUUGCACUUCUUCUCUGGAAACCGUAACCGGCCUUACAACAGCAUCCACCUGCAAGGGAAAUUUGGAAGCGAGGGUCUUUUUGUCCUCAGGCCAGGACGGGCGUCCCAAAGUGAUAAGCCUAAUGAGCAGUUGGUGAUGCCCACUCUCUGGAAUCACCCAUUCCCGAAGCAGGAGAUACUAACUGUAGCCCUAUUCAGCCGUAAAGUACGACUUCCAUAUGGCACUCUAAAUAUUGCCGAGAAACUAGAAUACAGUUUGGUGUUGAGCCCUGGGACGAUCUCUCAGAUACUCUCUGUACCUGGGAAAAGAGAAAGAAUCUGGUCAUCGAGUUACUGCCCUUUUUGCAAAGAAACCUUCCUCAUCUCCAAACCCACCCCAGGCAUGGAGAAUAGUUGUCCUCAAGAAUCUCUGGAUCUUAGAAUGUGCCUAUGGACCCCUAACUGUUCCUUCUGGCUUCAAAAUCCACAGCUACAAGCUCACUUCCAGCAGACACUAGUGAGAUCCAUGGAAGACAGCUGUUUAUGUGCUAUAUCUCUCUGUGCUUUGCAAGAACUGAAUUUCACUUGCUCUGAUACCCUAUUGAAGCUGUCUGGUCGGAUGCUGACCACAUCACCGGAAGAGCAGCAGCUCCUUAUCCAAUGGCAACAGAAUUUCUCCUUAAGUUCCCACCCAUUUUCUGUGGAUGGGAUAUUCCUCAGAACUAAUGCACCCUGCGCACCUUCCAGUGAAGUGGUACCAAUAACUAAAGCUUCAUUUCAAGCUUGGAAAAUUGCUUUUUUGAUCUUGGGUUCCAUUUCGUUCAUACUACUAUUAAUCGGUGGAGCUGUCUAUUGUAUAAAAAGACCACAGAAUUACAACAACAUUGAACUGAGCGAUCGCUGUGAGAUUAUUUCAGCCAUUUGACUACCAGGAAGCGCCUCCGUAAAGAAAAAGCUAUUUGGGAUCUAAGGAAGAGGUAAAUCUCAGAAGAACGUUCCAGCCAACUGACCACAGUGUAAAACGGAUCAAAUUCCUGGAGUAUCUAUGUUGAGGAUGUUGUUUUUCUGCUCUCCCGUGGAGUGUGAGAAAACCUACCUCUUCGUUUCUACAAGCACCUCUCACUGCCAGGUUGAGUGAAAAAUUGGUGGGGGUGCCAUGAUAUUUUCCACACCCACCAUAAAAAAAUAAAUGUGUAGCCAAAGUGAUUAUUUCCUCCCCCUAAUUUGUCAGUGGGGGUAAAGUGCUUUGCUCAUCACAAUCAGAGAAAAAGAAAGGGAGAGAGAGAGAGAGAAAGAAAGAAAGAAAGAAGAAAAACGAGAGA